UUGCCAUAGCAAAGCAAGAGUAACGGACUUUGGCGUGUGUUUCUGAAUUUUCUGAUUCUCUCUCUCACACACUCUCAGAGAGAAAUCAGAGAAAAAAUUAACCAAACUUCAAAACCCAAAAAAAAUUAACAAAAACCCAACAUUUGAUCUUUCUCUCUCAUCUUCUUUAUCAUGCGUGAACUUCAGAGCAUACACAUUGUUGAAGAAAGAUAGAGAAGAGAGAGAAAAACUAAAAGAAGAAGAUUCAGGUGACUCAACAAAUUCUUUCACGAGAAAGCUAAGCUUAACAAUAAAAACAACUAAAAAAGAAGUUAUCUUCCAUCAAUGUGUUUCUGAGUAAUGGUAAAAAGAAGGUGAUGCAUUAUUGAGAAAUCUGUAAUUAUUGAAUAGAUCUAUGCUUCUGAAUUUGUCGAUAUAACUGGGUUAUACAGGCUUCCUCAAAUGAGUUGGAAUAUGCAAGCGGAUUCGCAAUAUGUUGGGAGCAAUGCUCCUUACAAUAGUGCUGGAAGUUUCAUGGAUUUUUUCGCGGGUUUGACGUAUGAUCAUGUGAAUUUCAUCUUUUCUGGCUCACAAAUUCAGGAUAGUGUGUAUUCACCGGUUAGUGCAGGAUAUUAUAAAUUUGGUUAUUCUGAUCCUGGAGCUACCCAGUAUUACAGUAACAGUUCGUCUUAUGGUGAUUUUGAUCACAUACCGGGUAUUAAUGAAUACACCAGAAGGCCUUCUGAUUUCCCUUCAAGGGAGCAGACAACGACAAAUCAACCAGAAAGAAUGUCGAAUAUGAAUGUAAAUACCCGCAAUCAAGAUUGUCCUAGGAGUCAUCAUGAUUCUCAAGAUUAUCAGGAUAUUUGGCAAGACAAUAUAGAUCCAGACAACAUGACUUAUGAGGAAUUACUCGAGUUGGGUGAGGCAGUUGGAACUCAAACUCGAGGUCUUUCACAAGAACAGAUUUCCCUGCUUCCAAUCUCGAGGUUUAAAUGCUGUUUUCUCUUAAGAAAAAAGUGCCGAUCUGAAAGAUGUGUAAUUUGUCAGAUGGAAUAUAAACGCAAAGAUCGUCUGAUCACUCUUCCUUGCAAACACAAGUAUCACAUAGGCUGUGGAACCAAAUGGCUUAGCAUCAAUAAGGCUUGCCCGAUUUGUUAUACAGAAGUGUUCGUUGAUGCGAGCAAGAAGUUUAAAUAGCUGCUGGAUACCAUAAAAGAAAGAGAGGUCCAUUUGUUAUUCUUUUUCGACUUGGUGGUUUACUCUCUUCUCUUCACCUUCUAUAAUAGAGUUGUUAGUUCAUGUUAGUAACAAGUUAUAAUAGAGCAAUAGACUUUGGAUCCAUGGCUUAUGGAUUUCCAAAAUGAGGUUUGUCUUUGUGACAAUUUUAUGAUUUCCAUAAAUUCAAGUAGCAUACUUGUACAGUUCUUUUCUAUGACAUUAAUUCUUCAAUUCCUCAA